CUUUUUGGAAGAUCUCUCAGAUCAUUACAAAACAGAACUUUAUAAACCCUCCGUAAAAAUAAAAGGGGGCGACUGGAGGACUAUUCCAAGAGCAGAAAAAGGGGGGGAACCAAGUCAAGGGACGGAGGAGACCCCCCCCCCUGGACACCCCACUCUUCACACUCAGGAAUCCCGAAAUUUUGAGAAGACAGUGGACGUCUUCCCAAUUCUGGGCCCUAUCAAGGGAACCCCUCCUUUAUUUCGGACAUGAGGGUCUGAGGAGACUUAAGAAAUGUAGCAGAGUGAAGCCGGCGGCCGACAAGAGAACUGGAGAUCCGGCGGGGUCAGUACGCGCCCGGGCUCCGCAGGAUGUAUCUACGCAUUUUUCUACUGGCUUUCCUGACUGGACGCUCCACCUCCGAAGUUAUACCCGCCAUAUGUCGGUAUGCCCUGGGGAUGCACGACCGAUUCAUACGUGAUGAGGACAUCACUGCUUCCAGCCAAUGGUAUGAGUCAACGGGACCCCAGUUUGCGAGACUACAACGGGAAGAAGGUGACGGAGCCUGGUGCCCAGCGGGGGUCCUGCAGCCGGAGGACGUGCAAUACCUACAGAUACAUCUACACAAACUCUACUUCAUCACCUUGGUUGGGACUCAAGGCCGCCACGCCCGAGCCACGGGGAAGGAGUUUGCCAGAUCCUACCGAGUGGACUACAGCCGCAACGGAGAGCGGUGGCUUUCAUGGAAGGACCACCAAGGGCAACAGGUCAUUAAAGGCAAUGUAAAUGAGUAUGAGGUGGUCCUGACGGAUCUGAAACCCCCAAUCAUUGCAAGUCACAUCCGAGUCAUCCCAGUCACUAAGGUCCCCACCAUGGUGUGUAUGCGGGUGGAGCUGUAUGGCUGCAUGUGGCAAGAUGGACUGAAAUCCUACAGUAUCCCAGAAGGAGAGACCUAUAUGGCCCCCGGACAUCCCAUCGCCUACCUGAACGACUCUACCUACGAUGGAUACCUAGAGAAGAGGCGGCUGUUUGGCGGUCUGGGUCAGCUGACAGACGGCGUGCUGGGGUUGGACGACUUCACUCAGAGCCAUCAGUAUCGUGUCUGGCCGGGUUAUGACUACGUCGGCUGGAAAAAUGAAAGCUCGUCCAACGGAUACGUAGAGGUAGAAUUCCAGUUUGAUGGACCUAGAAACUUUACCUACAUGAAGGUUCACUGUAAUAAUAUGUUCACCAAGGGGGUGAAGAUUUUCCGGAGGGCUGACUGCUUCUUUAAGUCUCGCCAACAGUCUGACUGGGAUCCGGAGCCGGUGGGGGUGGUGACCGUGCUGGACGACAAAAACCCCAGCUCUAGAUUUGUCAUGAUCCCCUUACAGCAGAGGGUCGGGAGCUUCAUCCUCUGCAAGUUCUACUUUGCCGACACAUGGAUGAUGAUCAGCGAAAUCUCCUUCCAUUCAAACACAGAUAUUGAAGUGCCGACCAUUGUUACCCUGCCACCUACUACUGUCAAGGCUGCUACCACUGAGAUCCCCAUCCUGAACGCUACUGAGAGGAAAUCUGAAACCACUUUCCCAUUCACCAUCAGCAGACCACUGGACAAACCGGACGAGCCAAAGACCUCUGUUCUGGUUGGCUGCCUGGUGGCCAUAAUCCUUCUCCUGCUCAUUAUCAUAGUGCUGAUCCUGUGGAAACAAUAUAUACAGAAGAGACUGGAGAAGGCUCCGCGUCGGAUCUUGGAAGAAGACGCCACUGUACGUUUGUCCUUCUAUAGUUAUAGCAUCGGUAACAACAACCAGACACAGACCCAUCAGUCCAACCCAACCUAUGAGAGAAUCUUCCCUCUGGACCUUGACUACCAACAGCCGACUAAACCACUACGGAAACUUCCUGAGCUGUCUCAGAGUGCCGAGGAUUCAGCCUGCAGUGGAGACUAUGCAGAACCUGAUCUGACCAAGUCCACCCCACACCAGGGCUUCCAGAACAGCGUGCCGCACUAUGCAGAGACCGAUAUAGUGAACCUCCAGGGAGUGACCGGCAAUAACAUGUACGCGGUGCCGGCCCUAACCGUGGACUCGCUCACCAAGAAGGACAUCAGCGUAGGAGAAUUUCCGCUCAACCAACUACGGCUAAAGGAGAAACUGGGGGAAGGGCAAUUUGGAGAGGUUCACCUGUGUGAGGUGGAAGGGCUACAAGACUUCCUGGAGAUAUCCUCAAGUGACUGCGGCAACCAACCCGUACUGGUGGCGGCGAAGAUGCUGAGAGCCAACGUCACCAAAACCGCCAGAAAUGACUUUCUGAAAGAGAUAAAGAUCAUCUCCAGGCUCAAGCACCCCAAUAUCAUCCGCCUGUUGGGUGUCUGUAUCCAGGAUGACCCCCUCUGUAUGAUAACUGAAUAUAUGGAAAAUGGAGACCUCAACCAGUUCCUGUCCCAGAGGGAGAUCCGCAGCCAGUUCACCACUGCCAACAAUAUUCCUUCUGUAAGCCUCCACAACCUCCUAUACAUGAGCACGCAGAUCGCCGCCGGCAUGAAGUACUUGGCCUCACUGAACUUUGUACACAGAGACUUGGCCACAAGAAACUGCCUGGUGGGGAACAACCACACCAUCAAGAUAGCCGAUUUCGGAAUGAGCCGGAAUUUAUACAGCGGAGAUUAUUACCGUAUCCAAGGACGCGCGGUGCUGCCGAUCCGGUGGAUGGCUUGGGAGAGUAUCCUACUAGGUAAGUUUACCACAUCCAGUGACGUCUGGGCGUUUGGGGUCACCUUAUGGGAGAUGUUCACCCUGUGUAAGGAGCAGCCGUACAGCGUCCUAUCAGAUGAGCAGGUGAUCGAAAAUACUGGAGAGUUCUUCAGGGACCAAGGAAGACAGAUCUAUCUCUCUCAGACGCCCCUCUGCCCAAGCCCCAUCUUUGACCUGAUGAUGAAAUGCUGGGGCAGAGACAUCAAAGACCGCCCUACGUUUGAGGCCAUCCACCAAUUCCUGAUAGAACAACUGGACGCCAUUGUGUAAUCCGUGUACAAGGAACACUCCGAGAAUCACUUAACUUCCGAAGAGGCGAGCUCUUGUCGUAGCCGACUCAUCUGGAGCUAUACUGGACGUGGCCUUUAGUUAUCUAGAUGUAGAUUGUAGAAGGACCAAGAGACAAUGUUCUCCUGCGGUGCUGGUAGACUUCCUGGGACCCCACCGGAAACCUCAGUCUCUUACAGAGUUCCAAGCCCCUUGAGAUGUCAAGAAAAUUGACCCCAGAGGGGGCUGAAGAUGCAACAUUGCACUUCCCCAAAAGGGGAGAAUCCAGCUGGGAUCAAGGACUGGAAAUAAGAUGUGAGAAGUAGGGCAAUUCCCCACUGAGAAGUACCACUACAUUCUGUGUGUAUAUAUCUAUAUAUAUAUGUGUGUGUGGGGUUUGUGUGUCUGUCUAGUGAUUAUAUUGCCAUGACACAGAUACAUAAGCCCUGCUGUCUGGAGGCGGAAGUAGUUUGUACAUAGAAUAAUCUAAAGGAGUCGAUUAUAUGUGAUGGGACCAACCAAGGCCGUCAAGUUCUGGAACCCACCUUAGAUGCCACCACCCAUAAGAUAUAUGGUGCGCGGGAGCGGUCUGCCUACUCCAGACACCAUAUCGCCACUUUUUUAUGGAUUUAAAAAAAAAAAAUGAUUGUAAAUAUGAAAAGAUGAAUUUAUAUAUAUAGUCACAUGACAGGACUUCAAUGAACGUCUUCCAUGUGGAUGUUCAGUUUACGGCUCAUCCCACCAUUCCCUAGACUUGUCCUUGUUUGGUCUACCACCAUGUUUUAUCUCAUCCGUAAGCCUUUCUUGAACAUAUGGAUGUAUAGUAAGAACAUCUUCUUGUAUCAGUGGAUCACUGGCCAUAGAGGGUCGUCUAGGGGUCACGUGGAGAUGGUGUUUGCAAUCUUCUCAAGGGAAAGACAGUGCCCGUUUAUGUGGAUAGAGUUGCCAUGGUUAUCCUUAUCUAGUUGAUAAUUUCACUCAAUGAGAAAUGUUCCAUAGAAGCCGCCAACAGGGAGGGGGUCCUCAACUCAGUUUGGCCUCGUUAAUUGUCUUAAGGGGCACUGGAAGACUAUUGAGGACUAUAGUAAGAAGGUGUGGUAACAGGGUGUGAUGAGGGCAGAUGUUCUUACCCUAGGGGCAGAUGGCAUUAACCCCUUGUAUUCGUGACGCCAGGGCAUGGUUAAUCCUCGAUACCACCCGAAGGUAUACCGCUGGAUCCUGGACUAGGCACAGGGGCAAUAAAGACUCUGACGCCAAGUUACGGACAGCGGUAGCUUUACUGAGUGUAGACAGAUGGUAAAGUCUAUACAGUUCAGCCAGGGCCCAUGGAGGUGACCAGUGACUUCAGAGACCUUAAGGGUUUGCUGGGACUUGUAGUAGGACUGGACAAUUGAAUGCAGACCACACUGACUUGACAGAUGACAAGGACUGACUUGACUUGACUCAUAAAGCUGUGACUUUAUCUUACUUGACUUGAUGGUGGCUGCAGGACUGGACUUUGAGGUCUCCAACACUCUGGACACACACACUAGGCACGACUGACCUCAGCAAAGACUUAUCUCCAAAGAGAGAGAAGCUCCAUCCAGGGCUUAUAUGGGGGAGACAUGCAGGGAGCCCAU